AAACACUAUGUCGUCACUAGAGUUAAAUAGUUACUUAAUUGGAACACAUGUGUACCACCACCGUUGUAAAAAAAUGUAAAAACAUGUUUGUUUAUAGUGCUUGGAAACGAAAUACAGUCUGAUAAGAUAAUCAAGGUGACGAAAAUGUGAUAACGAACCAACAGUAAAGUGAGGUGUAUAUGUACGUUCAUAACGGAAGAAAAUGACGACAGUUACUUAUGGAACAGGUCACAUUAAGACAACACAGGGAAUAAUCAAAAUCUGUGAAUCUGUCAUAUGCUUCAUUGGCCUGAUUUUAAUAGCAAUUGAUGGAUGGUCAUCAGACUUAACCAACGCCUACGUCGUUGGAACAGCCGUAGGAUUGAUUAUAUCAUUUUUAAUUUUAAUUCUUCAUGUCACAAAAGCGGGAAGACCUUUACAGGGAUUUAUAGCUUUUCAAUUAUAUUUUAAUAUUCUUAUUUUUAUUUACUUAUUAAUAGUGUCGGCAGUAUUAUUGUCCAAACAUUAUAACGACAGACACAUGGCUGGAGGGUCCUUUGGGAUAAUUGCUGCCAUUUUAUAUUUAGUAGACACAGUAGACUGCUAUAGAAAUGAUUCGUCAGUGCUAUUUUGUAUUGGAUAACAUUGAGAAACAAUAAUGACUACAUUGUUGAGAUUUAAAUAGUGUUCAUAUUGAUUAAGUAUUGUUUAUAUAUUUUGUUCUUUAUUAAAAAUUAUAUGACAAUGUAUAGCAAUUUGACUAAUUGUUAAAAAUAAAUGUUAUAUCUGUUUUGA